AUGCACAGAACACAACAUCAGCAGGAAUACAACUUGAGCAGAGAUAUGUCAUUACCUAUCAUUAGAGUUCAUUUCUUGAAUAAGUCAAGGGCUUUUAGAGUGUUGUGGCUACUAGACCAGUUGAAACUAGAUUACGAAAUAGUACCCUACAGGAGGGACGCAGGUUUUCGUGCUCCCGAGGAAUUGAAGAAGCACCAUCCUUUGGGUAGAUCGCCAUUGCUUGAAUUGGAAGAUAGACAGACCGGUAAAAAGAAAAUUCUGGCCGAGUCAGGGUACAUCUUCCAGUAUGUCUUGAAGCACUUUGACAAGACUAAAUCCUUGGAUAACGAAGACAUCGAUAAGUCUGAAGAGAUCCAGUAUUAUUUGCACUACGUUGAGGGCUCUCUUCAACCUCCUCUGCUAAUUGAACUGCUGCUUUCCAUAGUGAAAAAUGCAUCGGUUCCUUUUCCAUUUUCUUAUUUUUCCAGAAAGGUGGCUGAAAAGAUUGGAGAGAAGUACUCUGCAGGUGAGUUAAAAAGCCAACUAAACUUUAUUGAAGGCCAGAUUGCUAAGAAUGAUGGCUAUUUGGUCGGUGGCAAGUUGAGUGCCGCUGAUAUCUUGAUGUCUUUCCCACUAGACUCGGCCUUUAACCGUCAGUUUGCUGAUCCCAAGCAGUAUCCGGCCAUUGAGAAAUGGCUGAAGAAUCUCAAGACUUUUGAGUCUUAUAAGGUUUCGAAGAGCAAAGCUGAGGCCAACGGUGAGGAGUUUUAA